AAUUUACCAUCACUGCCUGAAAGCCCUUGUGUCUCACGCUGCGUGUUUACCUCCCCCGCCACACGACAACACGAUGAAGUUCUCCACCGUAGCUGCCUCGUUAUGCGUACUCGGAAGCGCCUCGGCGUUCGUGCUGCCGGUGCCAGCUAGGUCUGGCGUUGCAACUCGGAUGUCGGCUUCCCUUGACGAGGCCGCGGCGGAGAAGGCCAAGGCGCGCGAAGCCCUCAUCGGAUCAGCGGGUAUGGAGCAGUUGAUCAAGAUGGUCGCACAAGACGAUGGCGAGGACGAAGAAGUCCCCCCCGCCAAGGCGGCGCCGCCUACCCCGGCCUCGCCACCGGCCGAAAAAUAGUUCAAAUUAGACGUCCAUGCCGCUACUACUGCUAUCAUCGCUGGUGCCAUGGUUCCGGUGCUGCUGCCGCAACGCUGCGGCGGAUGCUCUGCUGCUGGUGCCUUGAAACCACGCGGUGGUGGUCAGGACGUACAAACAUUUUUUCUUGAACGCCGGCGGCGUUUUUGAUACGGGGGCGGAAUCGACAGGAGGGUGAACGGUGCAGCAGUCCAAUUCAUCCUUCGCAAUUCUGCAUGGCGUGCAUGCAGUGACUUUUUUUCAAUUUCAUAGACUUGGNGGGGGGGGGGGGGGGGGGGGGGGGGGGGGGGGGGGGGGGGGGGGGGGGGGGGGGGGGGGGGGGGGGCAUGUGGACCUUGGAGUUCGUCUUUCUUGAGGGGAAUUUUGUAAAAGUUGCAGGUGUCUUGUUUCAGCUGUUAAGGCGUGUUGAUGGGGCUGACCUAGCUCGCGCGAAAUCCUUCCCGGAAAAGAGGAUACAAGGAAAGGACUGGUGAAUAGAACAGAAAAUAUAUCUCUUCCCCCCCCCCACCCCCCCUCCUCUGGACGUGAUGCGUUCUAAGCCGGGUGCCCCCUGGGCUUGGGGGAAGCCAGCACUCUUGAUGAUUACGAGCAGGGGCUGAGGGUUAUAUGUGUUUCGUUGUCAUCGGGCCGGGUCGUUCGAGCGGCAAACGUCUUCUUUAUGCCUUGUGACGGCCGGUGUCGGGUGGAAGGCCGGUCGGUAUAGAGAUUAGAGUACGUGUGCGCAGAAGGGACAUGACAGCGAGUGGUUUCGUGACGAUGAGAUUUUUUUCUCCAUCAUCGUUUUGUUCAAAAGAAGAGCCACCAACAAAUUCAUUUUUAUCGGACCGACUGCAGCAAGUCUCUUAUGGACACAAGCUGAGCUCGUCCGCGGCCGUAUCAUGGUGCUCCCCCACGCACAACGUCUGCGUGUCCUGCGCGAAAGCCUUUUCUUUGUUCUGCAGCCGAGAACAUGAUUGCAAGGCGGCGACGGCGAGAUGGUUGCGCAACCAGUUGUCUUUCCUGACAGACCAAUUGGACGUAUGUGCGCAUGCAAUUGUGUGCAGGAAUAACCCGAUU